ACGUAGUGUUAGUAGAGAGCUAUUCUACCUUCUUUAUCUCAAUUUAAAUUGAAAAUCACCGGUACCACUUUCUUGAUUUGUGUGCAGCUUAAGACGUCUUUUCGUCAUCUUUGAUAAAUCGGAACCCAGCAAACAUGUUUUUCAUUGAUAAACUCUCGUGACCUUUUUCUAUCAAUAACAGCCCCCCAUUGGAUUUAAAAAGCAAUUAUUUCCCAACUCUUUCAUUUUGUGUUACUUGGCAGUGUAAUCGAGUUACAAUUUUCAGACAUGGCAACAGGUGGUAAUUUGGCUCUUUUGUCGGUUUCGAACAAAACCGGUCUCAUAUCCCUCGGGAAAAACCUCAAAGAUUUGGGUUUCACACUUGUGGCAAGUGGCGGUACUGCUAAAAGUCUCAGGGAGGCGGGGCUUGCCGUUAAGGAUGUCUCAGAGAUCUCAGGAGCGCCUGAGAUACUUGGAGGGAGGGUAAAGACGCUACACCCGGCGGUACAUGGGGGGAUUUUAGCUAGACUUAUCCCAUCAGAUCAGGAGGAUUUAAAAAGACAAAAAAUCGACUUGAUUCGAGUCGUGGUUUGCAACUUAUAUCCUUUCGUUGAAACUGUUUCAAACCCAAAUGUUACAAUCGCCGAUGCUGUUGAAAAUAUCGACAUUGGGGGCGUCACUCUACUCAGAGCCGCCGCCAAAAACCACUCCAGAGUCACCGUAGUCUGCGACCCUUCAGACUACGAUAAAGUCAUUGCCGAAAUGCGUAGCACCCCCAACAAAGACACCACAGUUGAAACUCGCCAAACUCUGGCUCUUAAAGCCUUCACACACACCUCCGAAUACGACUUGGCCAUUACAGACUACUUCAGAAAACAGUAUUCARCCGGAGUGUCGCAACUAACGUUGCGUUAUGGCAUGAAUCCUCACCAAAAGCCGGCGCAAAUUUUCACUACUUUGUCUAAACUACCCUUAACGGUAGUUAACGGAGCCCCUGGUUUUAUUAACUUGUGCGAUGCUCUCAAUGGGUGGCAGUUAGUUAAGGAACUUAAGGCAGGUUUAGGGCUACCCGCGGCCACAAGUUUUAAACACGUAUCGCCAGCGGGGGCUGCUGUGGGUGUUCCCCUCGAUAGCACUCAGGCUAAACUAUGUAUGGUCGAUGAUAUUUUCUCCGAAUUAACCCCUGUCUCGACGGCGUAUGCCCGUGCUCGUGGUGCCGACCGUAUGUCAUCUUUCGGCGAUUUUGUCGCACUUUCUGACCCUUGUGAUGUAAUCACUGCUCGAAUCAUCUCCAGAGAGGUUUCCGAUGGAAUCAUCGCUCCGGGUUUCACACCUGAAGCUUUAGAAAUUUUGAGAAAGAAGAAGAACGGMAAUUAUUGUGUUCUYCAAAUUGACCCAAAUUACGAACCUGAUCCAAUUGAACGCAAGGUUCUUUUCGGGCUUACUUUAGAACAACAAAGAAACAACGCUGUCAUUAACAAAUCCCUCUUUACCAACAUUGUCACCAAGAAUAAGACAUUACCAGAUGGGGCAGUUCGUGAUUUGAUUGUAGCCACUAUUGCUUUGAAAUAUACACAGAGUAACUCGGUUUGUUACGCUAAAGACGGACAAGUUAUCGGAAUCGGUGCUGGUCAACAGUCCAGGAUUCAUUGCACUAGACUUGCCGGAGAUAAAGCUGAUAACUGGUGGAUCAGACAGCAUCCWAAAGUCAUCAAUAUGAAGUUCAGAAAAGGGGUUAAAAGGGCUGAAAUCUCCAACGCGAUAGAUAACUACGUUAAUGGGACUGUUGGUAAAGACAUGGAUCGGAAAGUGUUCGAAUCUAUGUAUGAUGAAGUACCAACUGAGUUGACUCAGGCCGAAAAAAGGGCAUGGUUGGAUCAAUUGAAGGGGGUAGCUUUAGGGUCAGAUGCCUUUUUCCCCUUCAGAGACAAUGUCGAUAGGGCUCGUUUGAGUGGAGUCUCAUAUAUUGGCGCUCCUGCCGGUUCUACAAAUGAUGCCGAAGUUAUUGUUGCGUGCAAUGAACACAACAUUACUUUGGCCCAUACGAAUUUGCGACUCUUCCACCACUAACUCUUCGCUUAUUUUUAAAAUUUUUAGAUAUUGUACUCAAAUAAACGAAAUAAAAAUGUUUUCAAACUUA